UUUCAUUUCAUUGACUUGAUCUCUCUUUAAAUAUAAAUAUACAUUAUAUAUAAUAACCCCUAAAGGUCUCUCUAAAAUAAACAAUGCCUUCAUUAUUAUUAUUACAAUUAUCAACAACCAAAGUCUCUUCUAAUUCUCUUCCUUUUCUAGCUAACAUCUCCACCGAUCACCGCCGCCACGUCAUCAUAUCACCGAGAUGGCGGAACCAUCGGAGUACAACAAUCAGCCGGGAAAGUCGCCGAGAAAAGAACUCCAAGGCCCACGUCCAACACCUCUAAAGAUUAACAAGGGUUCACACAAGAUCAAAAAGCCUCCGGUGGUCCCACAACCGUCGCAACCGCCCGUCGCAGCUCAUCAUCAGCAGCCGCCACGUCAGCCAGUCAUAAUCUACACAGUCUCACCAAAGAUCAUCCACACAGAAGCUAGUAAAUUCAGAGACUUAGUCCAACGCCUCACCGGUCUUCCAGCCUCGUCCACGAAUUUCGGGGUGGGGGAGAUGGCAGUGGACCCCGCCACCGCCACCGCCGCCGCCACCACCACCACAAGCUCUACUACUAGUACUACUACUUCUAGUACUAUUACUAAUAAUAAUUAUACUAACCCUAGUAAUUUCUACGGUGGCCACUUAAUGACGAUGAGCGGUGGUGGCGGUGGAGGAUUAUCUCCGGCAGCGCGUUACGCUGCGGUUGAGAAGGCCAAAUCUCCACCGGGGAAAGUCAAAGGGAUUCAUUUCAACAUUGGAAAUAAUUAUAAUAAUGAUAAUGAUCAUAUACAUCAAUUCUAUGGGAUGGAGAUUAUGGAUCAUGAUCAUCAUGGGAUUGUGGAGAUCAAUAAUAAUAAUAAUAUUAACAACAACAACAAUAAUAAGGGUUUGUUCAGUUCGGGGAUCUUGUCGCCGGGACCGGCUUCGCUUCCGCCUAUUCAUCCCAACUUUUUCUCUCCACCGUCGGAUAGCUUCUUCCAUGAUCUGAGCCCUGUAAUUCAUCAUCAUCAUCAAGGUAGUAGUAAUAACAAUUACUUCAUUUCUCCUAGGAUGAUUUCUUCUCCAAAUACUCCAUCAAUUGACUUUUUACUCAGCAAUAUUUUCUCAUCAACAGAUCAAAAUUUGUAGACAUUAUUAAUUAAUUAAUUUUUUUUGUUUUGAUUUGGGUACAAGAAACAACAAGAGAUUUUUUAUUUUUACUUUUAUAAUUAUUUUAAUUAUAUAUUAGAUUUGUUUAUAAUAAUUAUUAUAUGAUUGAUACAUUUAUAGAAAAAAUUAUUAAUAAAUGGCAUGUACACGUGGCAUAUGAGGUAGGGUAUAGGGUUUAUAUAUUUUAAUAUUUUCUUUCUUUUUCCUUUGGUUUUUAAUAUUUUGGGUUUUUAUGAGACAUUAGAUGGAAUAGUACUUUAGCAGAUUGUUAACUAUAUAUAUUUCUUACAUUAUAUAUAUAUAUGCAU